CUCUCUGUUGUAUCCUGCACGGGGCAGAUCCAGGCACCUCGAGCACCAUGGCCCUUUCCGUGCGCACAAGCGGCGGGUCCCGGCAGUUCUCCUCUCGCAGCGGAAUUGGAGGGGGAUCUCUGCGGAUGUCCAGUUCCAGCGGUGGAGGCGGCUUUGGUGGCAGUGGGCUUGGUUUUGGUGGGGGGUCUGGUGGAGGCUUUGGUGCAGCUUCUCUGUUUGGUUCAAGCUCUGGCUUUGGUGGGGGUUUUGGGGGCAGCUCAGGGGCAGGACUUGGGAGCAGCUUAAGCAGUGGCUUUGGGGGAAGCUUUGGAGGUGGUUUGGGUGGUAGCUAUGGAAGUGGCUUAGGCAGUGGGUUUGGGGGAGGUUUGGGAAGUGGUUUUGGCAGCAGUUCAGGUGCUGCUUUUGGAAGUGGUUUUGGUGGUGGCUUAGGGACUGGUUUUGGAGGUGGGUUUGGCCCUGCUGGUGCUGGUGAUGGUGGCAUUCUUUCUGGCUCAAAAAAAGAGACUAUGCAGAACCUCAAUGACCGUCUGGCUGCGUAUCUGGACAAAGUGAGGUCUCUGGAGGAUGCCAACACUGAGCUGGAGCGCAAAAUCCGUGAAUGGUAUGAGAAAAAUGGCCCUGGCACUGGCACCCCUGGAUCUGGGAAUGACUACAGUAAAUUCUACCCCCUCAUUGAAGAUCUUCGAAACAAGAUCAUCAAUGCAACCAUCGACAACGCGAGGAUCAUUCUGCAGGUUGAUAAUGCCAGACUGGCUGCUGAUGACUUCAGAGUGAAAUAUGAGAAUGAAGUGGCUCUUCGGCAGAGUGUGGAGGCUGAUAUCAAUGGUCUGCGCAGAGUCCUGGAUGAGCUGACCAUGACCAGGGCAGAUCUGGAGAUGCAGAUUGAAAGCUUGAAUGAAGAACUGGCUUAUCUCAAGAAGAAUCAUGAAGAGGAGCUUCAGGGCAUCCAAAGCAGUGAAAUUGGCCAAGUCAGUGUGGAAAUGGAUGCUGCUCCAGGGACUGACCUGACCAAGCUUCUGAAUGAUAUGAGAGGACAAUACGAAGUCAUUGCCGAGCAAAACCGUAAAGAGGCCGAGGCGUGGUUCAAUGAAAAAAGCGGGGAGCUGAAAAGGGAAAUCUCCACUCACACUGAGCAGCUCCAGUCAGGAAAGAGCGAGAUCACAGAUUUGAAAAGGACUCUCCAGAGCUUGGAAAUAGAGCUGCAGUCUCAGCUUGCCAUGAAAAAAUCCCUGGAAGACACUUUAGCAGAAACGGAAGGUGGUUACUGUGCUCAGCUGUCACAAAUCCAAAUGCAGAUCGGGAACCUGGAGUCCCAGCUUUUCCAGGUCAGGGCUGACAUGGAGCGCCAGAACGCAGAGUACCAGCAGCUCCUAGACAUCAAGACUCGUCUGGAAAUGGAGAUUGAAACCUACCGACGCCUGCUGGAUGGAGAGUUUGUGGGCGCUGGACAGGCAGUUACACUUGAAAGCUCAUCCCUGACAGGGUCCAAAUCUCAAACACAAUCACUGGACUCUUCUCAAGAUCCAACCAAAACUAGAAAGAUCAAGACAAUUGUCGAAGAAGUGGUAGAUGGAAAAGUUGUUGCAUCCCACGUUAAGGAAGUUGAAGAGAAGAUAUGA